GGUUGUUUACCUGUUGUUUAUGUUUCCCGUUCAGCCGAGUUGGAAAAACACAAAAGAAAAAAGCAAAAGAACAGCGACCACUACAGAACGGUGAUCGAGUGAGUUGCCAUCAUUCGUUUGGGGUGACUUAAGUUAAUUUCAGAUUUCCCAGCAGCCAUCCCGUCCCCCUCCCCCACAUCAUCAAUGGCUCUGAAGGUUGAAGAAGGCAAGGCGAAGGGCCUGUGCUUCUUGAGAGUUCAGGAUACCAACGUCAGUCCUGUGUGUGCCAGUCCUAACCAUUCUGUGUACCUGACCCCUACUUUCCAGCCAGAUGAAGCGGAAAAUCCAAGUAGCAGUGAUUCAGAGGACGAUUACUUCGAAGAAUUUUACUCUCCGCUAUCUAGGAUAAAUACCCCAGCAAGAUACAAAAGCUUCCGAAAGGAGGCCAUCCUCAACUUCCACUAUGCUACACCAGGUCCUGGAAGGACUAAAACACCGCUCAGGACAGGGGACUUCCAGAGGCUCGGUAGCAAUUGCAGGAAAGCGGCAGAGGACCAAGCAGCAGCAGCCAUUCCUGAAGAUGGUGUCAAGGAGGAGGACAGGUCAUCCUCAGACAGUGAUCAGAAAGGAAUGGGGUACAUGUUAGAUGAUACUGAUACCACUGCAGAAGACAUUUCACUCAACAUUGCUGAGACAAGGUUGUCUGAAGAAGGUCCGCCAGUCAGCGUUCGUCCCUUCAUGCUGCGUUCGAACACGUCUACUCCAAAACCGGCGAGUGCCAAAUAUAAGCAUUACUCAAUUCCGGAGCUGAGCAUGAGCGCUGCAGAGGAAAGCGUACACAACGAAAGCAAUGAGGCAAAUUUGAGCAUAGAGCAGAGCACACUCACGAAAGUCAGGGAGUGUUUCGACUCGACGAAAUUCAUGAAAUAUUACCAUCUCUGUGAUACCUUGCAAGAUAUAUUGACACCAAAGAAAGGUGAGGCGAUUUCAGUCAGUUCUCAUUGGCACAGGAACAUCUUCAGCGAGGAGAUCAUGGAUGCCGUCGAUAAUAAUUCAUCGCAAGAACAUCUCAAUCUCAACAAUGUCAGUGGUGGCAAUGGCAGUAAUGGCAAUGCUGACAGUGGGAUUUCAUCCCCGAAGAGAAUAUCUAUUGAGGGAGCUGAUGACCUUGGUAACACUGACCAGAGUGAAGUUGCAGCCGUGUUGCUGGAUGGUACCAGCGAGCCAGGUCAUGAGAGGGAGGUGAUUAGUUCUAAGAGAUCACCCGAAAUACUCUUAUAUGUUGACCCUGAAGAUGAAGAUACGGGCUUCAGAUUUGAGAGUCACAGCGCGCACUGUAUCGCCAGAGAGGACCCGCGAGAAUUGGGAGCCGAGGGUUUAUUUGUUGAGAGCAAAACCGAAGAUAUUGGUCUGAAAAAAAUUGCAGCCCCGGAGUUUAAUCUCACCGGUGGGAGCAACGAAGGAUUCAGUUCGAAGAGGCUGUCCGACACUUUCCAACAUCCUGAACUCUUAGAUAAAACUGCAGGCUUCAGAUAUCAGAGAAACUGGUCACUUCGUUUCGAAGAAUUCAGUUCCAAGAGGUCAUCCGACAUAUUCCUACAUCCUGACCUUGGAGAUGAAGAUGCGGGCCUUAGAUACGAAAGGCACAGCUCUCUCCGCCUCACCAAAGAGGACCUGAAGGAACUGGGAGUUGAGGGCGUCUUUGUCGAGAGCAAAGCCCAAGAUAUUGGUCUCAAGAAAAUAGCGGCACCAGAGUUAGAACUUAGCGAUGGCAGUAGAGAAGAAUUCAGUUUCGAAAUACCAGACCUGUCCAUUGUGGAAACCAACGACCCGGCAUGUUUCCAAGAUGCUGGGACUUCGGGGGCCAAUUCAAGUGAAAUCUCCCAAUGUCAAGCAAUUCCAGUUUCCCUCUCUGACACCCUGAUAAGUAAUGAAGGUGGUGAACCUGACCAGAGUAGGAAUGAACAAUGUGUAUCAGAGCUGAUGUCAGAGGUUAGCAGAGUCUUAGAAGUUACAGCUACCAACUUGGAUUCUGAGGGAGAAGCGCCUUCCAGCUUGAACCUUGGAAACUCCUCCAGCUGCAGAGGUGAUGGAGAGGAUGGCGCUGAUGACAUCUCUAUCCCAGCGAUUGGAGCACGAUUGAAACACCACAAAAUCUAUCCUGUUCUUGAGCCUCUACCUUCACCACCUGAUCAGUUCAUAGCAGAGUUCUCAGCAGGAGAGGAAAGGCACUGGAGGAAUGUAGUAAUUGGUGGAGUCUGGAGGCGAAUUGACAUGACGGCCAUAGAACCUUACCGCAAGUGCGUGAAUCACGGAGGGUACCUGGUUGAAAAACAGCAAGCAGUCAUUGUCUUCUGUGCUUGCCAUUUGCCUGUCAAGUCUGUGAGAAAUUACGGCUACAUCAUGGACAAUCUCUUCAUUUACGUAUUGUCGACUCUGGAGCAGCUGGUUGUGGAGGAUUACGUUCUGGUGUAUCUAGCCGGUGGUGCUCAGAGUUCCCACAUGCCCACCCUGCAGUGGCUAAGGAAGGCGUACCAAAUGAUUGCCAGAAAACUGAGGAAGAACUUGAAGGCACUUUAUGUUGUACACCCCACUUUUUGGGUGAAGACUGUCGUCAAGUUUUCUAGGCUAUUCAUAAGCGACAAGUUCUACCGAAAACUCUCCUUCGUGAGUAACUUGGCCGAAUUGGCCCGGAAGGUCCCGCUGGGGAACCUCCAGAUCCCAGACGUCGUUAGGCAAGUGGACUUCGAACUGAUGAUUAAGGAGAAAAAGAAAAACAAGUCUAAAAGCUGCUGAAUUCCAGCCACAUUCAGAAGAGCUGAAAGAAAUCUGACUAUUCCGAAGAUGUAUUUCUGAGCCAGCGUCAUCCGGAAGGUACCGAAGAUAUGUUCAGCAGGAGAAAGGCUUCUCCUCCCCCUCAUUGUAUUUUCUAAUCAGAUCAACCACAAUCAGGAUCUGAAGGCACAGCUGUCUGCGCAUAAUAGCUCUGGGAAUACCCCCUCGUCUAUUUAAACUCCCCAAACACUUUCCAGCUAUUGAAAACUGUAGGAAGUAGCUACAGAAAAAGUUACAUUUUCUGUUACGCUACAUUCAAUCUUGCUUCUGUGAAGUGAUGUGAUAAACCUGGGACGGACAGAAGUGAUCCAGCUGGUUUCCAGCAAAGGUCAAAUGACAGGAUAGUUUUAAAAUUGAAUGUUUAUUACCUAGGAGCCAAUCACGUAUGUUGCCUUUGGUAAGGAAGAAGGCAUUUGCUGGAAAAGUGUCUUAUCAGAAGCGACAGAUUCUCAGCUGGUUAUAUUCUCAGGGAACCUACCAACAGAUUGUGACCUAGACUGAAGUCUUGACCCCAGGUGUAAUGGUACAUCGAGGGGAGAGUCGUACACACCUGCUGGUACGUAGGACACGACAGAGGCCUCAUUAGAAAUGGGUGAAGAUGAAGGAAACCACACCUUUGAAAUAUGGAAUAUAAAUAUGGAAUAUAAAUGAGCGAAGUGCUGGUAAGAUGACUUAGAAAAAUGUGACAAGAAAGGCAUAUUUAAACUGAUAAUAUAACUUAUUCAGGAAUACAAAAUGAGAAAUUUCUGUAUUUCCAGUAAUGAAAACGUAUUCGUGUUUAUUUUGCAUGGUUUAUUUAAAUAAUAUAAAAGAAUAAUAUUUUCGAGUGGUCAUUCAUCAGUUGGAUACUGUACUAGGCAAGAAGGCUUUCACCUAAUAUGCUAAUCAGCCAAAAUCCAGUUUAGAUAUUUGAAGAGGAAACUGACCCUUCGUCCAUCUUAACAAGUCUUCAGAACAACAAUAAGACUUCAACAAAUUAUCAUAUCCAAGGACGACCCCAAGACCGACAUUUUUAGUUUUAAAUUAUCUUUUUGAUCUUUUUUUAUUUCACUUACAGCUGCUCGUUUAAUAACUUUUAAUUAAGGCUCUUUUUUUUUAAAUGAUUUUACUUCAAGUUGGUGAUUCUGUAGUAUCCAUUUUUAUGAAUAAUUUCGAUAAUUAUACUCAUACUUGUACCUUUUUUAAUGCACUUAUUAACUUGAAAGAUCUAAUCACUAUUUUAAUUAAGAUUCUUUUUUUUAUUAUUUUAUUUUAAGUUCAUGAUUCUAUAGCGGCAUUUUUUAUGAAUAAUUUCCAUAAUUAUACUCAUACUUGUACUGUUUUUAAUGCACUUAUUAACUUGAAAGAUCUAAUCACUAUUUUAAUUAAUCUUUUUUUUAAUUAUUUUACUUUACGUUCAUGAUUGUGUAGCGGCAUUUUUUAUGAAUAAUUUCCAUAAUUAUACUCAUACUUGUACUGUUUUUAAGGCACUUAUUACCUUGAAAGAGCUAAUAACUAUUUUAAUUAAGAAUCUUUAUUUAAAUUAUUUUACCUCUAGUUCGUGAUUCUGUAGUGGCAUUUUUUAAUGAAUAUUUUCCAUAAUUAUAUUCAUACUUAUACUGUUUUUAAUGCACUUAUUAACUUGAAAGAUCAAUCUGUGAUACAUGAAUAUGGAAUAAAAAUCUGACUCUAUAAAUGGAGAUUGAAUUGACAAUAACUGGCAUCCAGAUAUCUUAUAUAAAUAUAUUUCUCCACUGUAAAUAUUCA